UCGUGUUGUGACGCGCUGGUCGCUGGGACUUCACGGAAGAUGCUGGAGGACCGGGAGCCGCUGCUUUCCGAGAGACAACCCUCCAGUGAAGAUGAGACCAUGGUCCCGGUACUAACAUCCAAAAAAGCCAGCGAACUCCCUGUGAACGAAGUCGUGUGUGUCCUGCAGGCCGACCUGCAGUCGGGUCUGACCCAGGAGGAGGUGAACCGCAGGAGGGCGUACCAUGGCUGGAACGAGUUCGACAUCGGUGAAGAGGAGCCACUAUGGAAGAAGUAUAUCUUACAGUUCAAAGAUCCUCUCAUCCUGCUGCUGCUGGCGUCGGCCGUCAUCAGCGUUCUCAUGCACCAGUUUGACGACGCCAUCAGCAUCACUGUGGCCAUCAUCAUAGUCGUGACAGUUGCCUUUGUCCAGGAGUAUCGCUCGGAGAAAUCUCUAGAGGAGCUCGGGAAGCUGGUUCCUCCAGGAUGUCACUGUAUCAGAGAUGGGAACCUGGAGCACCUGCUGGCCAGAGAGCUGGUUCCUGGAGACACUGUUUGUCUGUCGGUGGGAGAGAGGGUCCCAGCAGACCUCCGGCUCUUUGAGGCGACCGACCUGUCUGUGGACGAGUCCAGUCUGACGGGCGAGACCAGCCCCUGCUCCAAGUCCACCUCCCACCAGCUGGCCACCGCCAACGGAGACAUCGCCUCCCGCAACAACGUCGCCUUCAUGGGGACGCUGGUGCGAUGUGGCAAAGCCAAGGGCAUCGUCAUAGGAACCGGAGAGAGCUCCGAGUUUGGGGAAGUUUUCAAGAUGAUGCAAGCAGAAGAGGCUCCUAAAACUCCGCUGCAGAAGAGCAUGGACCUGCUGGGGAAGCAGCUCUCGCUUUACUCCUUUGGCAUCAUAGGGGUCAUCAUGCUGGUGGGCUGGCUGCAGGGGAAGAGGAUCCUCGACAUGUUCACCAUCGGCGUCAGUCUGGCGGUAGCGGCCAUCCCAGAGGGUCUGCCCAUCGUGGUCACGGUGACGCUGGCGCUCGGCGUGAUGCGCAUGGUGAAGAAAAGGGCCAUCAUCAAGAAGCUGCCCAUCGUAGAGACUCUGGGCUGCUGCAACGUGAUCUGCUCCGACAAGACGGGAACUCUGACCAAGAACGAGAUGACCGUCACUCAGCUGUACACGUCCGACGGGCUCCACGCCGAGGUGACGGGCGUCGGCUACAACAGAGACGGAGAAGUGAUUGUGGACGGAGAGAUCAUCCACGGCUUCUCCUGCCCGUCCAUCAGUAAGAUCGUGGAGGUCGGCUGCGUGUGCAACGACUCUGUGAUCAGGAAUCACAACCUGCUGGGCCGGCCCACUGAGGGAGCGCUCAUCGCCCUCGCCAUGAAGAUGGGGCUGGAGAGCUUGCAGAAGGAGUUUGUGCGUCUGGAGGAACAUCCCUUCACCUCGGAGCAGAAGUGGAUGGCGGUCCGCUGUGUCCCCCUCAGCCAGCAGGACCGGCCUGGAGUCUACUUCGUGAAGGGGGCGUACGAGCAGGUGAUUCGGUUCUGCAGCUCCUACAGCAGCAGAGGAACCAGCCUUCCCCUCACCCACCAGCAGAGGGAGCUGUACCAGCAGCAGCUCAGCUACAUGGGCUCGGCCAGCCUGCGAGUGCUGGCGUUUGCGUCCGGAGCAGAGAUGGGGAACCUGACCUUCCUGGGUCUGGUGGGCAUCAUCGACCCUCCGAGGUCAGGGGUCAAAGAGGCCGUGGCCACGCUCAUCAGCUCCGGUGUCGCCAUCAAGAUGAUCACUGGAGACUCGCAGGAGACGGCCGUGUCCAUAGCGAGUCGUCUCGGUCUUUUCUCUAAAGGUUCCCAGUGUCUGUCUGGAGAAGAAGUCGAUCAUCUGGACCUGCAGCAGCUUUCACACAUCGUCCCCAGAAUCGCUGUGUUUUAUCGAGCGAGUCCGAGACACAAGCUGAAGAUCGUCAAGUCGCUCCAGAACCUCGGCGCCGUGGUCGCCAUGACGGGUGAUGGCGUGAACGACGCCGUCGCUCUGAAGGCGGCCGACAUCGGCAUCGCGAUGGGCAAGACGGGAACCGACGUGUGCAAGGAGGCGGCUGAUAUGAUCCUGGUGGACGACGACUUCCAGACAAUCAUGUCGGCCAUCGAGGAAGGAAAAGGGAUUUAUAACAACAUCAAGAACUUUGUCCGUUUUCAGCUGAGCACGAGCAUUGCUGCGCUGACGCUCAUCUCUCUGGCGACGCUGAUGAACUUCCCCAACCCGCUGAACGCGAUGCAGAUCCUGUGGAUCAACAUCAUCAUGGACGGACCUCCUGCUCAGAGUUUGGGGGUGGAGCCUGUCGACCCGGAGGUGAUCAGGAAACCUCCUCGUAACGUUAGAGACAGCAUCAUCACCCGAAGUCUGAUCAUCAAAGUCCUGGUGUCUGCGUUCGUCAUCGUCUGUGGGACGCUGUUCGUCUUCUGGAGAGAGUUGCAGGACAACGUGAUCACUCCUCGAGACACAACCAUGACCUUCACCUGCUUCGUCUUCUUCGACAUGUUCAACGCUCUGAGCUCACGCUCUCAGACUCGUAUGGUCCAUGAGAUGGGUCUGUGCAGCAACAGGACCUUCUGCUACGCCGUGCUGGCGUCCAUCAUGGGGCAGCUGCUGGUCAUCUACUUCCCUCCGCUGCAGAACGUCUUCCAGACCGAGAGCCUCAGCUUCUUUGACCUGCUGUUCCUGGUGAGUCUCACCUCGUCGGUGUGCGUCGUGUCGGAGGCCAUUAAGAUGCUGGAGAGGUGGAGGGGCGUUCAGAGGAGCCCCCCCACUGACUGUUUCCACGAGGUAUGACAGCCCCCCCCUCCCGCCCCCCCUCACUGCAGUCGGGCCCAAUGACUCUGAUGUCUGGAGGAAGAAGACGAGGCGGGUUUUAGGACUUGGAUCUUCCCGUGAGACCCUGGGACUCUGGUCUGAGACCGGAGGAGAGACACUGCCGGCGUCCUGACUCUGUGCUCAGCCUCGCUGUAGAUCCCUGUCCAGGUCAAACGCCACGGGCCGCCGCCCACAUCCUCCCACCGGGAACUGGCUCGUGAUUUAGGACGUACGUUAGAAACCCCUCCGAUGAAUCAAACACUAAAGACGUGUGCAACUGUUUGUGUUCUGUCCUUUUUAAAUUGAUCAUGUAGAAGGAGGCGUCGACCACGUCUGGACUGUGGCUGAGUUCACAACAUGGUGGAGGUGUGACGGUGCAAAACCAGUUUGAUGCUCACGCUUCGUGAUCGAAGUUCUUAGUUCUGCUCUAAAGAGAAACGGUGAAGAACAGCUUGAACGUUUCUCACCUGAGAAAACUUAAGAAAGAAAAUCAACUUGAUUUUAAUUUGUUUUUCUCUAUAAAAUUCAAUAUAUUUGUGAUUAAAUCACGAACAACGUUGAAGUUUUGGGAACAAAAAUAUAAUUACAUUAAAUUUAUUAUUAAUGAACCUUUUGUGUCAUUUUAACACAUGAAAUAUUGAUGUUUGCUUUAUAUCAACAUUCAGAUUCUGUCGUGACUGUAACUCACAGAACAAACGUGUUGAAGUCGUUUCGGGGAAUAAAGCAGCGUUACACCACCACCUGCUUGUUUCUGCGAUUCAUAGAAAAUAUUUGUUUCAUGCUUCCUCUUCCACUGGUUUAUUUAAAUGUAAAACUCUGCUGCUGUUUGAAGGUGGAAGAAGAAAAAGACUUUUAACCUGCUGAGUUUUCCGUGAACGUGACGUCGAGGCGAAGCCGCCGUCUCAUCUUGUGCCUUAGAGAAGUCGUUCAUCGUCUGUCUCCGUGGAAACGGACGCCCUUUACUCACAGAUGGUGUCGCUGUUUAAUCGUGAUUCACUUUAAGAUUCUCCCGAAGCUUUAAGCCACAUUAAUUGACUUUUCAUUUUCAUUUCUGGUUAAAUUUUGAUUUUUUUUUGUUCAGAAUUUUCUUCCACCUUCGAUCACUGUUGAGGAGUCGCAGUGCUUUCUGGGAAACGUGGUUUACUUUGCUGUCUCUGUUGAAAGUUUGAUUUUAAAAUUCUUGUAUUUAAUUUAUUUCCAAAAGGCACAUGUGGGCUGUAAAAUCACUCUGCUGCUGUUUCCAGCAUCAAAUCCUCUUUUUUGUCGUAUUGUUCACGACUCGGUGUCCUCAUGAAAUUAAAGACGAUUUAUCUGAAAUAACAGCAGAGUCCAUUUUUCUUUCAAGUUUUCACUUCAUGUCAGUAAAUUAAUGAUUAUAUGUUGGCAGAGAUAUUAAAGAGUUUUCUACAACGUGA